CAUCUAAAACACACAAAAUAUAAUUUUAUUGGAAUAUUACAAGAUCUUCACGUAAAUAAAACAUCAUAUAUGGCUAUAAAGUAACGAGACUAAGGUUAGUGACUGUCAGCUGUUUAGCCUGAAGUCUACUAUUUCGAAUGCGAUGUCUACCGUUUCUGUAGACAAACCAGUGUAGCCGUGGCCUUCGUUUAUAUAGGGACUGUUUUUUUUGUUUUGCCGUAAAAAUAGAGUUACGGUUUGUUAUGAAAUUUCACAUCAAACUCGAAAAAACUGCAAUUGAAACUUAUAAUUUAUUGAAACAAGUAUAUGGUAAUGAAUAUCUGACACGUCCACGUGUUAUUGAGCGGUUUGGAUGUUUUCAAGAUGUCAAAGAUGAUUGACGUUCGAGUCGCACAUCCAUGUCAAAAACAUAGGUAACCUUGUUUCAUAUUUACGACUGAUAUCCAUUCAAGUUGGCGGAUCUAUAUAAGGCUCUGAACUUUAUAUUAUAAAAUUGAUUCAACUUUGGUUCAUUUAGCUAAAAUGUCUAUAAAAUACGUGGUUUGUGACUGUGUGGCUUUUGCUGAAAACGUCACGGACGCUAUUUUGUUUCUAUGUUUAAUUAUUGUAUCUUUAAAUAACUUCAUCGUUUUUGAGAUUCAUAUAUCCGGUACUUAUUCUGUGAUUCGAUAUAUAUUAAUAUAAUUAUAUUAUUCUGCAAAUAAUAGUAUGAAUACAAUAGACUAGACUAAUUGUUUGCAUCCAACUCUCGAUCUAUCCCAACCGAUGACGCGUACUAAAUGAUUACUAGUGAUCAUAGAAUAAGAUUGAUCUGUUGUCAUGGAUAUAUAACCUAACUUUGUCAACGAGAAUUUCAAACAAUAAUUCGUUAUGGUUUUAAUAUCGCUUAUUGGUAAAUUUCACAAUUUUUUUAUGUUUCACAUGUUCAAAUGGUGUAGUUCCUAUAUUUACAUGACCAUAUCAAUGUGGAUAUUUUUUGGAAUAGUUAUAUGUUAUUGUGUUGUCAUUUUUUUAAAGUUGACGAAUUACUACAAAAAUAAAAGAGACAUUUUGGAAAAAAUAUGCCAAAUGAUAAAAGAUAAGGACACUGUAAGGUGUGUAGAAUGUUUAGAACAAUAUCCCCAAAGUGUGAAUAUGUUUAAUAAAGAUGGAUAUACUCCUUUUUUGAUUGCGUGUGCAAAUGGAAACACUCAAAUUGUAAAAGUAAUGUUAAGAAAAGGUGCAGAUAUAAAACUGAAAUCAAAAUAUAAUGAAUCACCGUUUUACCUGGCUACAUUCUACUACAUCAAAUAUCCCCAUUUAAAAAAUGCUACUUGUCUUCGAGAACUCUAUUAUGCUGGUGCAAAUAUUGACGAACCAAACAACAAAGGUUUAACACCUCUACAAAUGGCGGCUAUGUUUGGACACACUUCUCUUGCCAAAUGGCUAUUAAGGAAACAUGCUUCUACUAAUGUAAUACCCGAUCCGUAUCUUAUAGCCAUUUCACAGGGACAUCAAGGAACGGCUAUUGCUAUUUGUAAAAUGUCAAAAGUGUAUGCUAUUGAUUAUGCAAUUGAAUGAUUUUUAUUAUAUAAAUAUGAGUCUGUAGAAACUGUACAAAAUUUUAUUUGAGACCCUUAAAUGGAAAUAAUCUGCAUAACAAAAAACUUUUUUUAUUUUUUUAUUUGUAAGUAAUUUUUGCUCUAAUUUCAAACAUAUCUUAAUUGUAAGAAUCAUAAUUAAAGUUAUGUCAUUUUUAACGCAUUUUAAUUUGUUAAAAUACAAAUAUUUAAUUUGAAACCCCGAUUUU